GGACACGAUCUCCAGAUCUGAAGUGGACGCUGUCUUUCUUGUGCGUCCAAAACAGCGAUGUCGGUCGGUGUUCAGCCUCGAGUGUGAUGGGACCCUGCGUGUUCUGUGCCACCCAGUGCCUUGUGUACGCUAAACCAAAACAGGACAUGGCUCUUCAAGAAAACCCGUGUCGAGACAUGUGGGUGGCUCAAAAAAUUCAAGCAUAGGUCCGUCUGUCCUUCAUCAUUGUCCAUUUCAGCGAUGGCACCCGUCAAGCCGACGUCAAAGGAAAAAAGGCGGGGGGUAGAUCCUCUGGCCAUCAAGCAGCGCACCGGCUAUCAGGCGAGGGCUACGGAUUCUGUCUUCACGACCACCAAGAAGGACAAGCAAUUGAUGAAGCGGUCCAUCUUCAUGUCCAAGGUUCUCGACGCUGGCGUCAAGAAGCACAAGCGCCGUCGACCGGGGAAGAAGCUGGUGGCCAACCUUGAAAGCCUCGAGGAUGCCAUUCAAGACGUUGCUGACAGCAGUGCGCAGCGUCCACCGCAAAUGCGGAACGUCAGGGAGGGCCGCGGUCAGGCGAAGCGAAUGGAAAAGGUCCUCAAGGAUGAGCGAGAUCGUUUCGGGAAGAACUUGGCUGUCUUAAGCGCUUCUUCGCAAAGUGCGGCCCAGGGAGCCUCAAGCACGGGUAGCAAGUUUGCGGCCCUACGCGCACAUAUCCAGGCGAACAUGUCGUCUGCGGCGCCAGCAGCUGGAGGAGGCUGAACUUUUCUAGAGCGCGAAGCGCUGAGAUGCAAAACAACAUCCACGGGCGGUCGCGAGCCUAUUUCAGAUAAUGCUGCAAGUCAGCACCUAUCACAAUCCUUUGUCACCUCUAGGAACCCUAGGAAAAGUGCUGAGUUGCACCGCCAUAUGUUACUCAGCAUAUCCGGCCAGGCUUCCGGGCCUUGUUGAAUUUAAUGUAGAUGCAUGAGUGUGCAGGAGCAAAAAAAAGGAAGAAAGGGAACGCGACGGGUCUAAAUUGGGUCGAUUUGACUGUCGUAUGCGAAAUACAUCACGAUAUAGAACUAUAUUAUACAUGGAUAUCAAACAUCCGUCCUAGGAAGGAGAACAAUCUCCGAUAACUCG